AUGUGGCUUUUGUCGUUCGAAUACGACUCUAGAUUGGAACUGAGACACUUGACUGGAAUGGAGGAGGAGACUGGCCCGCCCAGCUGGGGUAGAAUGACUUAUGUUAAUGGCACUCCCGGUCAAAUUGGUUAUGUAAUUCACUUGAGAGCGUCUGCUGGCGUUAACACACGAGCAUCUGCUCAGCCACGAGCUGGCCCAUUGAGUGAAAUGGACAUAUUUUAA